AUGUCCCCUCCCGCGAUAAUAGCGCCCUCGAUUCUGUCGGCCGACUUUGCCGCGCUCGGCCAGGCGUGCGCCGACACGAUGGCCCAAGGCGCCGACUGGCUGCACGUUGACAUCAUGGACGGCCACUUUGUGCCCAACAUGACCUUCGGCGCCCCCGUCGUCACCAAGAUUCGCAAGCACGUCGACCCGCCCAAGGAGGCCUACGGCCGCGGCACCUUCGACUGCCACAUGAUGAUCGCCGAGCCCAAGCGAUGGGUCAAGGACUUCAAGGCCGCGGGCUGCAACCUGUACUGCUUCCACUACGAGGCCGCCGUCAACUCGACCGCCGCCGACUCGCCUGCUGGCACGAGCGACGCCAAGACGAGCCCGAAGGAGCUGAUCCGCUACAUCCACGAGCAAGGGCUGCAGGCUGGCAUCGCCAUCAAGCCCAAGACACCCGUCGAUGUGCUGUGGGAGAUCCUUGAGAACCCGGUGAAGGAAGAGGUGCCGGAUAUGGUCCUCGUCAUGACUGUCGAGCCCGGCUUCGGCGGCCAGUCUUUCAUGCCCGACCAGCUGCCCAAGGUCACGGCCCUGCGCGAGCGCUACCCGAACUUGCCCAUUGAGGUUGACGGCGGCCUUUCGGAGAAGACGAUCGCCCCCGCCGCCGACGCCGGUGCCAACGUCAUUGUCGCCGGUAGCGCCGUCUUUGGCGCCGCUGAUCCCGGCCAGGUUAUUGCUAGGCUCCGGGAGGAGGUGAACAGCAGAAGAAAGUGA